AAUAAGGCAGCCCUGGAUCUUCUUGAAUAGCAUAUCUUUAGGGGGCUGAGAAGUAAUAAGGUGACAGCAAUGGCACUUAUGCCCCCAAUACCAAAAUAGCAGAUGAGUGCUCACCAGCUACUUCCCAUGCUCCUACUGUGUUCUGCCUCACUCAACUACAGCAGUUAUUUUGGUAGGCUCUACUUUGUAUACUCACUUUCAUUCUUUUUAUCUGCCUGUGAAAUUCUACCUAACACUUCACCACACAUCCUUAUGAAGAGAACUGCUGUUUUUUUUUUAAAGAGGUGGCUCUGUAUGGAUUUCUGAAUGAUUAUCUCUGGAAACCUAGACUCAUGUGUUUGCUGAAACAUGGAAAUUAGAAACCCAGUCAAAAGGAAAAAUCAUGAGGUAAUGGUGAAGUACUGGUGCUGGCCACGUAGGAUGUUACGGAUAUCGGACUGAAGUACGUGGAUUAUACUUUAACCAUGAGCUGCCUCGAGAAACAGCAUGUGAGCCAUAAAGCAAGCAUGCAGCACCCUUCCAACCUGGACAGCUUUAUGGAUGAGACAGAUAGAGAGGUUAUGAAUCUUACAGACCGAGCCUUUAAGAGUCUGUGCAUCGGUGAUGAGGCAAUCUACAAUGACUCAGAACUUUUACCAACUCCAGUAGACUGUCACAAGCCACUAGCUGAAGAGAUACCAAAAAAGGCUCAAGAUAAUUUUGCCUUGGAUGUUAAGAAGUGUGGAGCUCAUAGGCCCAAUGGUAUGUACAAUAGACCAGGGCAAAUCAAAAACACAUCAAAGGUGUCCUCACUUUUUGCCGCUUUUGCAUAUAAAAAGAACAAUGACACAAAAAUGACAAAUGGGGACUCAUGGGACAAAUCAACACUGCUUAGCAUCCAAACAGAACUAUCAGAGUUCUCUUCAGAUUAUCAAAACCACCUCAGAAUUGAACACAGUGACCAGGUCAAGAGUCAUCGUAAGAGCACUGAUAAAGGGACUGUUAAUAAAUCACCCCAGGACAUAUCUAAUUCAUCACGAAAAUCAUCUAAAAAUCAAAAAAGUAAAUCCACUAAGUUGAGAAAACUGAAUUCCAAAAACCUUUUCCUUCACAGUGAAUUCAGCCCAUUCCGGUCAUGGGGAGACUUAAAUAGGUUUGGACUGGACAAUGUGGAGAUGUUUCCAUGCAGUAGCCCAGCUGGAUUUUAUGAUUCGCCAGUUUACAGAGAACAGAACAAUUCAAACAUAUUGCAUGUACCAGAGCCAAAUAUAAGAGAGACAAGCCAAAGCACAUCACCUCUGGAACCCCUGCAUAAAUCUAAACUCAAAUUUCUACCAGUGCCAGAAAAACAUUCUGAGCUAAAUUUCCCAAAACUGCCUGAUGUACAUAUCGAGACACUUCAGCCACAAGUGCUGCUGAUGUCCUCUGGGUCAUUUCAGAGGUGUCAGUCUGAAGGAGAUAUUUGUGCUCCUUGGAGGAAAAGUCGAAAUAGGUCAAAAGGAAUUGUUCAGCCACUUAUCAGCUCACCUGUCUGUGAAAGGUUAAACACUGGAGAGCAGGGAUCAGUACAAAAUGAAAAGGAGGUUAGAACAGUAGAAGAAGCAACCUGCUUAAAUUCAACUCCAUUCAAUAUUUCACAGCUGUUGACUCCUGUCAUACCCUCCAGACAGGGUACAGGAACCUUAGAGAUACUGCAGUCUGUACAGUCACCCGCAGACCUCGAUAUCCCAGCACUCCAUGAAACUGAGAUUCGUCCAUCACCUGACAUCAAACGGGAAGGAUACAAAUCCAAGGCAUCAAGUCUGUUAUUUAAUCUCAAGGACAACAGAAAACGGGUCAAGGCAACAUACAGCCCACCAAAGUUUAAAGUUUUAGAUGUAGUAGAGCAAACUAAACUCUCUCCUUUGCUUGAACAGGUUGUUACCCAAAAUGUUCUGGAAAGCCCAGAAAAUACAUAUUCUAAAACCAUGUCAAUCACUCAGAAAAACAGCUUGUAUCCAUUAAGUCCAGAGACUGUUGACAUACAAAGCUUUCAAUCCAGCGGUCAGGUAAAUAACACAUUGCCAGAUGACUUUUUGGGACUUAGUCUACUGCAAGCUGAAAAUAAAGGCUCAAAAAAGAAACAUUUGGCCAAAACAACAUACCCAUCUUUAAAUUUGUACCGGAAAUCUAGUCAUCAAGAACUGAAUACUAAGACCAUGUCAGUGGAGGUCCCUGGUUCUCAUACUACAGAAAACAGAAAUUCAAAACAGAACGUGAGCGAAGAACAUUUGCCAGAGAAUGAUUGUAAGGGACUCCAAAUAAAACAUUUAACUAAACCAGAAAUAACCAAUGCACUUUUAAUUAAACCAGAAAUAACCAGUGCAGACCAUGUUGAGAUUGCAGACAAGGUACUGUCCGAGAAAACAAAUGCGGUGGCUCUGAAGGAAAAACAUUUUCCUACAGUUAGAAAGAACCACAAUGCACAACAAAAUGCAGGUAGUAGGAAUCAAGACAAAUUGAAUGCAGGAGGAAUAUUUAAGGCAGAAGAAAGACCUAUCAAAUAUAAUGAGCAUCACAGAAAAGAAACAAAACCUAAACAUUUCUUUUCUGCAAGACAAAACAACUAUAUCAAAAAUCAAAGAUAUGUAAAUGUAGAUGAUGAUGAUGAAGAAUGUGAAUAUUGGCAAGAGGAUGUAAUUUCUGCUGUAAGAGAUGAGCCGAGAAAGAGGGAAUUGAAUGUACAUAUGCAUAAAGAUAAACGAAAAUUACAGGAUUCUAUGGAUGUUAGUGUUACAAAUGAUGCCUUUACAAAAGACAAUUAUGCCAAACCCUCAAAGAAUGUUCUGGGUAUAUGCACUGAACAAGGAGUAGCCAGAAAUGAUGCUUUAUCUAUGAAAGGAAACACAUCAGCAAAAAUAGCACUGUUCACUUUAAAGGAAAAGCCCUCAAAUACAGUCCCAGGCUCAGUGAUAAAGAACACAGUAAGGGAUAAGGAUGAGCUAUCCACAGUGGCUUUGGAGAAAAGGAUUGCUGAAAGAGAACAUGGAAAAAAGCUAAGUGAUAGACACCACGGACAGGAUUUACUUAUGAAAGGAGAACACAAACAAGAUUUGCUAACAUCGGACCAGAAGGAAACAUUAGGAAAUGUCAUACCAGACAGCCUAGGUCAGAAGGCCCUUUCUGAUUUCCCACCAACUAGCCAAAAGGUUCAAAGCAUGUCAGACAUAGACACCAAUCAGGGUGACUGUCAUGUGCCCAAGGUAAAAUUAGCUGAACCUUAUAAACAAGAAGGUACUGAAAAGCACAGCCAAAGUAGACUGAUAUACACAGAUAGCGACAUAGAUAUUGACCCAAGCAAUAACAAGUCAAUGGCUAAUGUAACUGAAAUUAAAAAAACAGUGUGUAUGCAUAAAAAUGUAUGCCUCGAUCAAGAAAGCUCAGUAGUCCAGAACAAUAUUGACAAUAAGCUCAUUAGAAUUGGUGAUGAUGACUCAUGUAUUCAGAAAAAAGCUAAAAUAGAAAGAAUAAAUUCUGUGAGUGAACAGAGGGCAAUAAAUGAAAGACUAAGAAAGGACGAUGUAGGGAGUGUUGAGAGGUCAAUGAUAUGUGAAGAAAUUUUAAGCACAGACGUCAAAAAAUCAAAUCUACCAAAGGAAAAAGUGAAAGGCCAUGUAUCACCAGUGAAGGGCCAUGUAUCAUCACUUAUGGAAACAUUCAACAGAGAACAAGUAUUAGCAAGUUCAAAUGAAAAAAGUUUGAGUCAAGUAGAUGGUCUAAUGGGCUACUCCGGAAAUGACUUAUUAAAAGAAAAAGCAAUUUCACCAAAGGAUAUAAUGGGUUUUUCUGAAGUUGAAGAACUUUUGACAGAACAUAAAGCAAGAGAGAUAGAAUCAGACAAGGAACUAUCUGAGAAAGAGUCAAAAUACACCAUGGGAACUGAAACUGUUAAGAAAGAUGUUACAAGAAAUGAAGAGGAUAAAAAAGAUGUGGCUAGGAGAGAAAAUGAAGAUGCUUCUGAUAUUUUGAUAAAAACAGAUCAAAACCAGACCAAAUCCAAAUGCCAAGGUGAAAGCUCUGUGAAAUGGUAUUUAACUGACAAUUCUGAGAAAUCUAAUGAACCUGAUCAUGAUUCUAAGAAGACACCACCCUCAAAUUUGUUAAAUGCUGAUAAUGCUCCAAUGGAUAGAAUAACCCUUUACGAUAUUCUUAAUCAAGCUGAAACUUCAUCAUUAAUAGAUGAUAAACAAUUAGAACAAGGAAAUUUACCUUCCAAGCUAUCAGUGGACUCCUCCUUUUCACACAAAACAGAAGAGUCACCAUCUCUGAAUAAAGGUAAAGAAAGAAAAUGUGAACAUUUAGACACUAUUCAUUCCAAUAGCAUCCCUGAAAGUAAGCAGCACCCUCUAAACGAUGUGGAAAAUGGAGGGUGGGUGCGCUGUUUGAUAGAAUCAUCUCGCAAUCUAACACCAACAUGCCAGUCUAAUGUCUCUUCUCCCACACUGGGAAAGCCUGCUUUAUUUAAAGUGAAAGAUAACACAUUCAGUGCAUCUCCUGUUACCAAAACAGUAAGACCCAUACUCCAUAAAACAGUUGCAAGAGUUACACAGCCAUGGUCUCCUAGAGAAAGCUUAAGUGGGUCAGAAAGGGGUGAAGAAGACCUUUUCAAGGACCUUGUGGACCUGCAAUGUCCAACUUUGUCUUUCACACCUGUCCAGAUAACUCAGCCAAUACAAGUUGUACACCGUCCAUCCUCUCAAUCCACCACUGACCUGGAGAGAACAGGGUUAAUGGACAAUUCCACAGUUCCAGAAGAAGAGGGGUGGCAAUUGACUAUAAGCUCAGAUGGAAUAGAAAGCCAUGACAUGAGUGCACUUGACACUGUGGAGGACCUUGCAUUCAAUAAUGUACCAACAGACAGCAUACAGGAAUCAAAGGCACCAAGUGAGAGAUCUGAUUCAGCCUGUAGUGGUAUUGAAAAUCAGCUUCAGGGCAAGCCACCUGCUGUCCCUCCGAAAACAGAGAAAGCCCUGCGUCGUGCCAUGAAGCUGACUACAAAGAGAAUCCAGAAAGCAGAAGCUAAAAGUAAAUCAGAGCGUGGCCGGAGCAGCGAGAAGGGUUCCUGUCAGAAUCGUGAAAGGAGGUAUCAAAGUAGUGACAAAAUUCUCAGUAACAGAUCAUACCAACGAGAACAUAGUAUUCACAGAGCUAUGAGUAAUAAAAGCACUGAGGAAAACAACAGUGAGACAUCUAUGCCAAAGAGACACACAAGUGAAAGACUUGCCACAGAGUCUAAUAAACCAAACAGAUGUCUGAAAAAGAAAGAUUCUGGAAGGAAACCGCAUGACUGUCAUAGCAGUCUACUCAGAAUGGAUGGUGAUGCAAAGAGCAGCAUGGCUGAAAAACAAAAAGAAAAUCAAUCCCAUCACAAAGAUCAGUUUGAUACUCAGAAUAUAAAUGUUGACUGUGAAAGAUUGGGACGUACUAGUGAGAAAUACCUACCACAUAAGCUGUACCGUAGGGCUCAUAGUUUGGACAGAUUUUCAAGUGGCAAAUAUGAGCAUAGGGUAUUUAUCUCUGAAGAUCCUGCCUCCAAAACCAACACUGAGACAUUAAAGACGCUCACCACUGCACAGAAAGCACCAUUACGACAAAACAGCACUGAGCAUACUUAUAGCUCUUCAGCAAACAACAUGGUAUCACAGUCUUUCCCAAUGACCCAAAGGAAGCUUCUGCAAGAUCUUGAUUCUGGACAGUACUUUGUGGUGGACAUGCCAGUGCAGGUCAAGACAAAAACCUUCUUUGAUCCAGAAACAGGAAGCUACGUCCAACUGCCAGUUCAGUCACUUGAAGGGUCUGUACCACGGGCACAAUCUGUAGAAGUUGUGAAUGCACCUCCACUGAUGCUAUAUCAUGGCUUUGUACCAGUGCCUGUGUCUUCCUUACCAUAACCGUAAUACACUGACUCUGUUGUUGUCCCUGCUUACUUGGACUAAUUUCAAGCCAGUGGUAUAGAAGAGUAUGACAACCUUUACCUUUAAGCACAAAAGAGAGUCUCAGCCCAGCACAUGAGCUGUGCAUGUAUUAAGAGAGCACUUUUGUUUAAACAUAAUCAGAAUUUGAUUGUGUUGGAUUAAAAUAGAUGAGGAAAAGUAGAAUUAUGUUAUAGACCAAUAAAUGGUCUUGGAAUUAAGUGAGUCUGAAUUCAGGCAUUAGUAUUUUUGUCCUACAUUAAUAUAAAUGUUUUGUACAUCUUUGCUCCUAGCUCUGAAAUGCUCUAGUUUCCUUCCUGCCUUUGGUAUUGGCCAUUGGAAUUUUCUAAUGAUUCUGUAUUUUGAGAUGUUUGUCUGCAUUAUUAUGUUAUUGCAAAAAUGUCUAAAAAAUAGUGCUUUUCCCAGUGAUUGUAAAAAUAGCAAUGUUCUUUGCCAUACUUACUUUUACAGAUGACAAGAUGCACUGAUUAAAUAGAGAAAAUUGAAAGCAGUGGCGUUAUGUCUUAAAUGACAUAUUUAAAAGUAAAAUUGGACAUUAACUACAUAUUUAUGUAAUAUUUUGUGUAUUUUGAAAUUACUGAUUUCAUGAGGCUAUGUUGCUGGCUUCAUAAAAUGUAAACCAUUCCAAUAAAAAGACAUAAACUAAUGUCUAAUAUUUCAUAUUAAGUAAGAAUGGUCAGCUUUAAGUGACUGGUCUGAAUAAAUCUUUAUUUAGGUCAAUCACUGUCUGUUUAGAUGUGAAUCUUUUGUGGAACACAGUGAGGAGUUACUGCAUGCUUAUAAUUAGCAUGAUAUUCCACUUUCAACCAGCAGUAUCUCUUUCUGAGUCUUUUCCAAGGGUGCAUGCCCAGUUUCCAACCACCAAAUGAAACAAUGAUCUUAGCAAUGAAUUGCUAAGCAAUUGAUUGUAACGUGAUAUAUAAAGUGCACUGCAUAUGUUACUGGUCUGCAUGUAUCAUAUGUGUUUGGUACUGGAGUUCAAACAUGUCAACCUGUGGCCAAACCAAGUGUUCCAAUUGUAUUAUGUCUCCAUUCAUAUGUAACUGCGGUUCUGCAUCUAAAUUGAGGAUACUUGUGUGGAUGAGAAUGGCCAGAGUACACGUUAUUUGUCCACAUGAGGUUGAGUUGACAAAAAAACAAACAGGACUGCAUGACCUGCAUGACUGGUACUCACUAAAGCUAAUGCUCAGCUAAAGCUCAUGAUAAUAAAGUGAAUACAGUGAUAAUUGUGCCAGUGUUGCUGUUUGCUAAUUUUUUUUUUUUUUUUUACAACAGCUGGAGUGUAAAUUGCCUCAGGAUUUUUUGUUUGAUUAUAACUC